AUUACUACUUGAAAGCUCAUAUAUACUUAGGAACCUGAGAACACAACAACUUGUUUUUACAGCUUAUGUAAAGAAUUAUAACAGCAGCUGGAGAAGAAUCUUAUCAGGAUUUUUAAAUUAUUUGUGAUUUAUCCAUUGAUCCAUUUGACAAAUAUUUGUUGAGCAUCUACUAUGUACCAGGGAUUGUUUUAGACAUUUGAAAUGCAGCAGUGGUAAAGCAAAGGUGUAGUACUCAUGAAUGAUGCAGAAAAUAAAUGAUUAAAUAUGUACACUUAUGCUAUGUCAGAUGAUAAAUGCUAGAGAGAAAAAAGGUUUAAGUGGCCUCAUAUACAUUUUCUCAUGUUUAGAAACUUUAAUAAAAUUAUACCUCUUUGAUCUUGUGUGGAGAGUAUAUCUUUUAUUGGAAUGAAUUUGUAACUUUUUCUUUUAUAUAAUUGUGGUACAUAGGCUGCCUAGCAUUGAAAUCUAGAAAAAUUAAUCCUCUUUUGCUGACAGAGAAACAGAGAGUGGCUCUUUUGUGGCUGAUCUGACCUCUUUUGUUGAUUAAGAAAUCACAGAGAUCUAUGUUACUAAUUUUACAAGAUUACUGAUAGCUAUUAUUUCUUCUUUCUCUGCUCAGUUUCCCUCAGACACCCCCAAGUAUAUUAGAAGGGCAGUAAGAGGUAGGGACAGUGUCUAGGUUGUUUGCUGAUGUAUUUCAAAACCUAGCACAUAGAAAUCACUAAUACUUAUUCGAGAAUGAACAAUUAUGAUUACAUGAUUUAGUGAUUAGUCAUGUCCUUUCCUCCUAACAAUUUCCAAACUUCUAAUAACUUCUAAAAAAUAGAAUUAAUGUAGCAAUUCAUUUCCAAGCAAAACCAACGCAUGGUGGCGCUGUAGGCUAAGGUUUUAAAAAAGACCUUUCUAAAUGCUAGGAACUCCAGAUAUCUAGCAGGAAAAUCCUGUAAGCAGAGUUAUGACCACCAAGUCUUCGGAUAUUCCUACUUAGCUCCUGUUCAAACAGGUUAUCAACUGACAGAAACUCGUCUAAGUCCUCCUUUGGAUUGUUUCCUGACGUACUGCUGACCCCUGUUCCUGGAUAGACAUUUGCAAAAGUAAAGAUGGAGGCCGGAGGGGAGCGCAAAGAAAGGCAAGUCCUGAUUCUCUUUCUCUUACUGGGAGUGGCUCUAGCAGGCUGGGAGCCCCGUCGCUAUUUUGUGCUGGAGGAAACAGAGAGCGGCUCUUUUGUGGCUGAUCUGACCAAGGACCUAGGGCUGGGAGUAGAAGAGCUAACUGAGCGGGGAGCCCGGGUGGCCUCUGAGGAUAACGAACCACUCUUGCAGCUCGAUCAGCAGACUGGAAAAUUGUUAUUAAAUGAGAAACUGGACCGGGAGGAGCUAUGCGGGCCAGCGGAUCCCUGUGUAAUGCAUUUCCAAGUGCUACUGAAAAAUCCACUGGAAGUGUUCCGAGCUGAGCUAUUUGUGGGUGAUAUAAACGAUCAUUCUCCAGAGUUUCCUGAAAGAGAAAUGACUCUAAAAGUCUCAGAGAUUAGCCCACCUGGGACUGUGUUUCCUCUGAAAAAAGCUCAAGAUUUGGACGUAGGCAUCAACAAUAUUCAAAACUACACUAUUGGUCACAGCUCUCAUUUCCAUGUUUCCAUCUUCGAGCAGGGAGAUGGCAGGAAGUACCCAGAGCUGGUGCUGGACAAAGAACUGGAUAGGGAGGAGCAGGGCGAGUUCACAUUAACUCUGACAGCUCUGGAUGGCGGCUCUCCUCCGCGAUCCGGCACCGCCAAAAUCCGUGUGUUGGUCCUAGACGUCAAUGACAACGCCCCUGCAUUUGCGCAGAUGCUCUAUGAGGUGCAGGUACCAGAGAACACACCUUUAGGGACUCUCAUCGUCAAGGUCUCUGCUAGGGAUUUAGAUACUGGGACAAACGGAGAGGUAUCAUACUCCUUUUAUAGUUCUCAGGAGAUAGGCAAAACCUUUGAACUAAGCAGCCUUUCAGGAGAAGUUCGACUAAUUAAGUUACUAGAUUUUGAGACAGUAUCCUCAUAUGAACUAGAUAUAGAGGCAUCUGAUGGCGGAGGACUUUCUGGGAAAUGUUCUGUUUCUAUUAAGGUGUUAGAUGUUAACGAUAAUUCUCCAGAAUUAACUAUUUCAUCACUUACCAGUCCUAUUCCUGAAAAUUCCCCUGAGACAGAAGUGGCUCUGUUUAAGACUCGGGACCGAGACUCUGGGGAAAAUGGAAGAAUGGUUUGUUCCAUCCAGGAUGACAUUCCGUUCACGCUGAAACCUUCCGUUGAGAAUUUCUACAGGCUCAUAACAGAAGGAGCUCUGGACAGAGAGACCAGGGCCGAGUACAACAUCACCAUCACCGUCACCGACUUGGGCACACCCAGGCUCCAAACCCAGCACAACAUCACUGUGCUGGUCUCCGACGUCAACGACAACGCCCCGACCUUCACCCAAUCCUCCUACACC